CUCAGCGAUACCACGACCUCGUCCCUCCGCUUUGUUCUCCUCCCUCCACUCUGCUGGCCCUUAUUUCUGCUUUUCUGGCUUCCCUCACCUUCUGCGACGAUCAAGUCAACUAUCCUGGCUGCUGCAAGCCUGUCACAAAGUCUUGUGGUUACUCUGCUUUGCCGCUUCGCCACUGCGCUUGCCCUGCCUCGUUCAGUCUGCAUAGUUCUCUUUCUCUCGACCAAUUCAUGCUCUCGGAAGCCCCUGAUACCCGGAGUGAUGUUGGAGAUGAGCCAUUAGAUGGGAUGCCAAGCAGCAGUUCAAGUCACACAGCGCUGCUGCCUGCCUUCGGUCUUGGUCUUCACAAAAAGUCCCACCUUCCUACGCCACAAAGUCCCAGCAAUGUUGCUGUAUACGCCCCCAAUAUGAACGGUGCCUAUACAUCUCCCGUGCAUCAUCUGAAUCGGGAUGUCCAGAGGAGCCACGUUCAGCGCAAGGUCACCCCAGCCAGGGAUGACAUAUCCGGAGUCCCGGCAGCUUCUUUCAUGACGCCUGAGUCCAGUCCUCUGCUGCCUCGUAAGAUGAUGCCACCAGAAUCACCGGUUGCAGGACCGUCAUCCAUACCACAUACCCCGCUCCGCCACGAGCUCGCUGGUAAUACAGGGGCUGAUCACGCCACGAGCCAGCUAUCUGUAGAUACUGUCAUAUCUCCAUUAGCCCCAGCGCCGAUCAUCACCACGCCCGUAUCAGCACGGAGUCGAGACAUGACCCCCGCAUCCCGCCUGUCCUCCCCAUUCCUGGACAGGCUUUCCGCCACCGACAGGCGCUCAGUAAAAUCGCAGUCCAAGUCCCCCAUGCCCAUCUCGACGGACUCACCCAUGGCCGAUGUCUUCUCCGCCACCCCACGACCGUCGACGCCUCCGCCGCUCGCCACGCCCGUCCCAAAACGUGCCCUUGGAGGCGAGAUGCAACGCAUACAUCUACAACUCGCCGCUGACCGCGCAGAACGCCUAGCGGAGAUGGAGGCUCGCCGACCCGAGUACCUCGUGCGUGAGAAGCGACCACGGUCCGAAGCCGACAUCCCCACCUUGGACGAGCUCGACGCAGCCAACGCGACACUGGGCGUCACCGAGACCCCAAUGAAGGGUCGCCGGCUGCAGCUGUUCCAGGCGACGAGCGAGGAGACGUUCGAGCAGAGCCUGUUGGCGGGUGGUUAUCCUGGGUACGGGCAAUCCCCAGCGUACAAGAACGGUGAGCCGCAGACACCCUUGCCCCACGGGAAGAGCCGCAGCUCUUUGUCCCAGCGCGCGCUGCACUGGUUCCAGCAAGCGACUCCAGGUCAGCCUGGGCCCUCGACGACAAUUGUGGCCGCCACUGCAGCGCCUUCGCCCGCGGAGGAGCCGGUUGAGUUGCCGAGCGAGCAAGAGAUUCGGAAACGAAGGAGGCUGGAUGCUUUCAGGGAGCAUCCGGAGAAGAAAGAAGCUGCCCCGAAGUUGUACCCUGUCGAGGUCGAAGGCCGCGGCCGUCUGUUGCUCGACGUUCCCCCAGAGGGUACUGUCCCCGUCCACGCCAGGACUCCCGUGAAGCGACGUCCAAACAAGCGCAAGCGGCGACGGGGCGGCCGACGGGGCGCUGCGACCGAGGAGCAAGAAGACGAGCCCGUGCAGCCCAACUGGCCCGACGCCGCGUUCCCAUGGUGCCUGCGCGCGCAAGAGCGCACACAAGCGGAGAAGAUGAAGCAGGAGGAGCGGCUCAAGUGGGUCAAGCGCUUCCUCGAGCGCGAGAGCGAUAGCGACUCGGCAGAGGACGACCAGGAGCUCUGGCCGCCGCUGCAAUCGCACGAGAACGACCAGGUCGCGCACCGUCGCGGGCGCGGAAAAAUGGUCCCCCUGCGCCCGAACCCCGCCGCGCCUGUGCGCGCGCUAGGAGAGGAGAACAUGCUCGUCCCGAGCGACCCCGCAGACGCGCGCGCGGCGCUCCUCUCGAAGCGCUCCGUGCGCACGCUCUCGAGCCGGCGCAGGGAGGCACAAGGCUUGGGCGAGGUCGAGGACGUGAAGUGCAUCGGGUGCGCGCGCGGCGACGACGGCACGGAGCUCGUCCAGUGCGACCUCUGCAAGGAGUGGUACCACCUGCCGUGCAUCGGCAUCCGGCACGUCGCCGAGCUCGGGCGCGAGGAGGACCUCUGGUUCUGCGACACGUGUCUCAACUUGCCCCCCGCGCCGCCCGUCGAGCCGACGUUCGUGCCCACGGACGACCGCCCGCUCGACCAGCUCGUGCGGCCCGACUCGCUCUUCUUGCAGUACGAGCACUCGCUGGUGGAGAGCCCGGCCUCGUGGGACGUCGACGUCCGGCCCGUCGGCGCCGCGCCGCAGACGCCCAUCCGGCGCAGGGCGAGCGGCGAGGAAGAGGACGAGGACGGGGGGGGCCUGACGCACGCGUUCUCGACGCGCUCGUCGCGCGGUGCGCCGAAGACCCCGGACUCGUCCGCGAAGACGGUGCGGGUGUACGCGACGCCCAGUGCGUACGCGCUCGCAUUCGACCGGGACGGGUUCGACCCGGACACGCCGUUCGACCCGACGACGACGCCGUCGCGCGGGAUCAAGUUCAGCGGGGGCCCGCCGCCGACGCUUGGGCUGUCGACCCCGAAGGGGGGUGUGGGGCUCUGGGCGGGGCGGGGCGGGGCGACACCUACGCCGACUCCGACGCUCGCGGCAAGGUUCGGGGCGGGGGCGGGGGGCAGCGUGGGGCCGAGGAGGCUGAACUGGAACGAUGGGCGGCACGCGUACGAGACGACGCCGGGGGCGGGGGCGCACUCGAGGAGCAUAUACUCGGGGGGGUACGACGACACGCCGAUCACGCGGGCGCCGAGGAUCGGGGAGAGGGUCGGGGGGUUGGGUGGAGGAGGCGGGAGGAGGUUGUGGGACUCGCCGGGGUUCGCGCCGAGGAGGGUUGGGACGCCAGAGGGGUUCGGGGAGGGGAAGAGGCGGGGGAGGGGGAGCGACGGGGACGGGGAUGUGUCGAUGGAGAAUGAAG